AUGCAUGUGGUGGAUGAAGGGCUAUGGCUACACACCAUGCGGGCCAUUUGCGCGAAACUGACACCCAGCGAGCUGGCAAUCCUCUUGAGCCAGUGCGAGGCGGUCAUGGACGUGACGCCCCCGUCCGUUUUGAGGCAUCCAGACCCGACGGCGUAUUUUGGGACGGUGUCCCAGUACGCCGCGUGGGAGCAUCGAGCGAUGAUGCAGAUCGUCCCGCUUGUCGUUCACUUGCCUGGCCAUGAGGACAUCGCCAGUGCAGUCAUCCUUUUCAGCGACUGGUACCGCGCCUAUUUCCGCGUCGAGUAUCACACGGACGCAUCCCUUGACGAUGCCAUGAUCAAGACCCAAGAGCUGAUUGGAACGCUAAAGCAGGUUUUCCCCAAGCAGAAGUCGCAGUGGCGUCUCCCGAAGGUGCAUCAGCUAGCGCACCUUCCAAAGGCUAUCAAGAUGCACGGCAUGCCGUCAGAGUACACGACAAACACGUACGAGGCCAUGCACAAGAGGUGCUGCAAAUGGCCUGCUAGGAACUCGAACUGGCGAGACGUUGGACGGGACAUUGCGCUUCGCCACGCACGCAGCGAGGCCGUACGAGUACUUGGGCGGGAGGAGGGUGGGAAGGUGUACGAGACUGCCAUGAGGGAGGCGGUGAAGCUCAACACUCGGGUGUUGACCAGGCGCAGCCGGCGCAUCGGGGUCGGAGACUCGCAAGACACUGUGUGGGCGGAGUAUGGAUCUGCGCUGGGCGUUGACAUCAUGGACGGUAUUGAGGAUGUGCUUGACCGUGCGGGGAUUGCAGAUACACCCUUGCAGGUGCACACGGCGUUGGCAAUCCCCCCUCACGACCGCAUGCGCGGACGUGGUUCGCCCGGUCACAUGGUGAAGGCGUCACCUGGGGAGGGGAAGUUCAACUAUGUGGCGAUUUCUGGUGGGGGGGCGGAGUGGUUUGCCCGCUGCCUUAUGCUUUUCCACUGCAAGGACGGCGAGGGGCAGAUCCACAGGCGUGCUGUCGUCAAGUAUUUCACAGAGCAUCCGACGAAGUGCCCGUUGACAGGCUGUAUCCGGCUCGUGCCAACGGUUGGGGAGGACGAGUAUGCGGUUAUUGAGUUGGAGAGCAUUUUGUCGCUUGCCCACAUUGUGCCAUGUUUCUCGGAGCGGCGAUUCUCCCUGGUCAACCGCUUUUUGUGGGAUGCGUGA